AUGGCCUGGCUGAUCUGCAUCACCUGCAUCCUGGUCUGCUGCCCCGAGCUGCUGCAGAGCAAAGCUUCAGAGUACCAGCUGGAAUCUGAGACCCUGAGCCAGUGUGAGUUGCUGAGGGGCGUGUCUGUUGCCAAGCAACAGGAUGAUAUCCCUCUCUGUUCGGAGGACGGCAGGUUCAGACCUGUGCAGUGCAGUGGGCGGAGUCAGGAGUGUUGGUGUGUGGAUGCUGAGGGUCAAGAGGUGGCCGGGACUCGAACCAACAGCUCUGCUCCUCACUGUCCGUCUCCCUGCCAGCUGCAGUCGCUGCUGCAGUGCUCUGCUUCCGGCCUCUUCCAGCCAGUUCAGUGUGACUCCAGCAGGGGGCAGUGUUGGUGCGUGGACCAGGACGGUAUGGAGCUGUAUGGGACCAGACAGAACGGGAGACCCCAGAGAUGUCCUGGCAGCUGCGAGGUGAGGUCAAGGCGUCUCCUCCACACCUCCGACUCUCCUUCUCCUCCUCAGUGUGCUGAAGACGGCAGCUUCCUACCUGUUGAGUGUAAAUUCAUCAACAUGACGGACAGAACCGAGCUGGACCUGCUGUACGCCUUCAACAGGUUUCCAGAAGCCUUCAAAACAUUCAGUAGUUUCAGGACGAUUUUCCCUCAAGUUUCUUCCUACUGCUUCUGCUCGGACAGCCGAGGCCGCGAGCUGGAAAACACAGGUGUGGAGCUUCUCAUGUCUGAGGUUUACGACUCGGCGUUCUCUGGUCUUCGUUCGGGUCGCUCUUUCUCUCAGACCAGCAUUUACAGAGUCCUGCAGAGGAGGAUGCUGGGAGUCCGUCUGGCCCUCACCGGACACUUCAGAUGUCCGACUCCCUGUGAGGAGGAGCGGCGGGCAGCGAUGGAGUCGUCCAGCAUCUUCAUCCCGUCCUGUGAGACCGGAGGAUCCUUCAGCUCCAGACAGUGUCAGCAGGGGGGGCAGUGCUGGUGCACGGACCCCGCGGGGAGAGAGCUUCCUGGGACACGACAGCAUGGAGACUCCCUGGUCUGCAGUUCUGGUCCAGCUGAUUGCCUCUCUCAGCGCCGCCUGGCUCUGUUCCGGCUCUUCUCCGGUCCCGUCCAUCCUCCUGUCCAGGUGUCCUCUGACAGAUCUCCAGCAUUCUGCCUCCCCCUCCUCCGGCCCCUCAGGGACCUCCUGCCUGUGGAAGCAGAUCUGACCUCCUUCCUGCCUCGCCUGAUGGAGGUCCUGGACGGCCUCUUCCCGUCGGUGGGCGGGGCUCUGCAGGCUUUGACUCGCGCCUCCCCCAGUCGCCUCCAGGAGAACCUGUUUGGAGGGAAGUUCCUGAAGAACGCUGCAGCCUUCAACUUCAGCAGUGCAGUGGGAGAACGAGGAGCUCUGAGUCUGGACCGACUGUCCUCUCAGAGCGUCCUCAUCCGUCUGCAGAAGAACCAGGACCUGGUCCAGGCUGUCAGCGGAGCCCUAGAGGACCCGGCCUUCCUCUCCGCCCUCCAGAACAUGCUGAUGAGUCUCAGCAGCUCACGCUCCACCCCCCUCCACCAGGUUCUGACUCCUCUGCUUCGCUCCUGCUCUGAUGGAGAGGAGAACGCAGCGGCCAUCUUUGUUCCCCGCUGCACGCCUAGCGGUAGCUUCCAGGAGGUUCAGUGUCAGGGUGCAGAGUGUUGGUGCGUGGACCCUCAGGGUCAGGAGGUGGAGGGGUCUCGGACCGCCGGUCAUCCACCUCGCUGUCCAUCCGGCUGUGAAAGAGCCCGAGCCACGGCCAUGAAGGUGAAAUCAAAUAUGGCCGCCAGUGCUGAAAUCCACAUCCCAGCAUGCUCAGAGGAUGGAGACUUCUUGCCGCUGCAGUGCGUGGGACCACGCUGCUUCUGUGUGGACGCUGCGGGAAAGACAAUGACCACCGGACCAACAGGGGGCGCUGUCACAUGUCCAGAGAAGAAAACAGAGAAGCUCCAGUCCUCUGCAGGUCGAUGCUCAGAGGCGCUCGCUGAGGUCACAGCGUUCAGACAGGAAGUAAAGAACAUCAUCGCUCUCUCUAACUCCUCCCACCUCCCGCUGGGAUAUGGAUUCCUAUUGGCUGAAGGUCUGCGCUUGACACCAGAGGAGCUCCAGAUCAGCCAAUCAGAGGAGGAGCUGCAGGUGUCUGACAGGUUGCUGAGGCGCUCCAAUGCUGCACUGCGAUUGGCUGCUUUCUCUACUGUGCAGAUGCUGCUGCCCCCCCAGCGUCGCUCGUACCAGCCGUUCACCCCACAGUGUGAUGCAGACGGAAACUGGCUGCACACUCAGUGUCACCACGGAUCAGGUCAGUGUUGGUGUGUUGAUGAGGAUGGAGAGUACAUCCCCGACUCUCUGAGGAGCCGCUCGCUCAGCCUGCCGCAGUGUCUGACUCGCUGUCAGAGAGCUGAGGCUCACUCUCUGCUCUCUGAUUGGAUGAAAGGUUCUGACAUCAUCCCAGCUUCACCUUACCACCCGCAGUGUGAUCAGGACGGUGCGUUCACGGUGCUGCAGACAGGGGGCGCUGCAGGCUGGUGUGUGAGUCCUCUGACCGGAGAGACGAUGCAAACAGCAACACGGAGCUCCACAGGACAGCUGACAUGUUCCAGCUGGUGUGAGCUUCAGGGUCUCCAGUGUCGUCCCGACGGCUCCUUCGUCCCGCUGCAGUGUGACAUCACUUCCUGCUGGUGUGUGUCUGAGAAUGGACUGGAAGUCGGCGGGACUCGGACACCUCGACAGACAGGACGCACGCCGUCAUGUGACCGUCCUCUCUGCCCCGCCCCCAUCAUUACCCACGGUGCACUGGUCUGCCGCCCAGCAGUCGGUGGACGUCAGAGCUGUGACCUUGUCUGUCACCAUGGUUACCAGAACUCACUUCCUGUCAGCAGCUUCCAGUGUGAGACGGCGAGUCGGCGAUGGGAUGGAGAUGCCCAGCCUCUGAGCGGAGCCUGUCAGAUCUCUCAGCCUCUGCAGUCGGUGACGACCUCGCAGCUCUGGGUGCUGCCGUCCUCCUGCUCUCAGAUCAGCAGCUUUCAGUCUCUGUUGUUCAGCAUGAUGGCCAGCAGGGGGCUCUGCUCUGCACAGCUUCCCUCGUCAGGUGACGCUGUGUCGCUUUGUGACGACUCGACUGUGAGGCUGCAGUGUGACGCUGACGACUCUCUGAGCUUAACAAUCAGAUGGACCGCCGCCAUCGCUGACCUCCCGACCUCAGACCUUCCCGACCUCCACGACGUCGCGUUGUUCCUGAAUGAGUCCAGACUUCUGGAAGGAGUUCGGGAACUUCUUGGUAAUUUCCCCUCAACGCUGGCAUCGCAGCCCAAACUGGUUUCCCAAACGACACCGAGCUUCAGCUGUUCCCGUGGUUACCACCUGUCCAGUGAUGCUGAAGGCUGCGUUGUUUGUCCAACUGGCAGUUUCUUCCAGGAGGGGGUGUGUCUUCUCUGUCCUCAAGGAACCUAUCAGGAAGAAGAGGGGCGGGACUUUUGCGACAGGUGUCCCAGAGGCUCCUCCCCUGCUGGAGCUUCGUCUGUCUAUCAGUGUGAGACAGCGUGUCAGAGGCGGGGCCUGAGAUGUUCGCAACAAGGUGACUUCCUGCCAGCACAGCCUGACUUCCUGUCGGGCAGGUGGAGGUGCGUCAGCAAUGAGGGGGCAGAGCUUGAGUGGACCACCAGUGAUAAGAGUCUGACAGAUGAGCAGUGCUCAGUUGUCCGGAGAUUUGAGGCUGUUCCCAGAUCAGAUCUGAUAGUCGGAGCUGACGAUGCUGAAGUCCUGCAGGCGAUGACCUCCGACCUCACUUCCUGUAUCCAAGCUUGUGCAGCCGAGCCGACCUGCCACCAUGUGGCGCUGUUCCAGAGACGGACUCAGUGUGAACUGUACAGCACACACACCCUCAACACACACUGCAACUACUCCCAGCAGACCAGCGGCUUUCUGGGUAAUCCUCAGGCCGAGCUGUUUGAUCAGCUGAGCUGCUCCCUGAGAGUAAGGGGCGGGGCUUCAGAUCUGCUGGUCGUCAAGAAAAAAGGGGCGGAGUUUUCCUCACGGCAGCAGCAGCAGAGUUUUGUGAGGAUGAGGAUGAUGAAGGCGGUGUCCGGUGUGUUCAGGACUCAGGUGUUCUCCUCCAGACGGACGUCUCUGUCGGACGCUCAUCGUUUCUGUCAGGACGGCUGCAGCCGCGACGCCUGCUGCCACGGGUUCAUCCUCAACCAGAACAGCCUGAACGGAGGUUCUCUGCUCUGUGGUUGGCUGAGAGCUCCAUCAGUGUUAAUGUGUGGGAACCAGGACUGGGAUGUGAUUGGACAGGGAUCAGCCAAUCGCAUCUGUGGGGCGGGGCUUACCUACAACAAACAGCAGCGGAGCUUCCUGUUUGACUUUGGAGGACAGAAGUUCUCCAUCACUGAAUCUGCUCUACCAGCUGACAGCAAGAACAAGAAGGACUACCAGGCCUCCAUCAUCAGCUUCCAGGCCAUUUACCUGAACACAGAUGCAGAUCCAGCAGUCGGUGGUUCUGGUUCUACUUCCUGUGCUGCAGCAGAGCCCAGUCCUCCUCUGGAUGCUUCGCUGCAGCUGAAGUUUGAGUCUCUGUCGGACGAUGACGUCCUGGUGGAUCCACAGAGGAAGCUCCCAGUUCUCUCCUUCUGGCUCAACAAGGGAAACUACAACUCCCAGCAGGCCUUGCUCUGGUGUCUCACACGUUGUGAUGAAGAGCAGCAGUGCUCAGUGGCCGACCUCAGAGACGCUGACUCAGCAGGUUUCUUCCGGUGCUCGUUGUAUCCGGACAGCAGAGUGUGCGGCGCAUACGAUAAACCUCUGAGACGACCCUGUCGCCCCCUGCUGGACCGAGCGCCCAUCAACACCUACAGCAAGAAGGCGGAUCUGAAUGGACCCGUGAAGAGUUUCUACGACAGAGUUUCCUUCCAGAAGAUGGUUUCUUACUCUGUACGGAGUCGAGUCUCACUGAGAGAAAACACACCGCUGUCUGAGGGGUUCAUGGAGUGUGAGCGCCGCUGUGAUGAGGAUCCUUGUUGCCGUGGUAUCGGUUUUGUCCGUGACACCAAAUCAUCAGGCGUGGUGUGUCUGGCUCUGAUCAGUCUUGGGGUUCAGACCUGCGGCGAGGACGAGACGACCUGGAGGACUCAGGACUGCAGACCAUCUGAAGUGAUGACAACUCCGGAGCCCUUCGGCUGGUACCAGAAACCUGUGAAUCAGUGGACGUCCUCUCCGGCGCUCUGUCCUCCGUUCACCCUGCCACCCACCAAAAACAACGUAUCGAUGGACGAUUGGCGUCUCCUCCCUGAUUCUUCGGUCCUGAUUGACUCCUCUCUGUCAAGAUAUGAUGUCAUUCAUGUGAGCAGUGACAUCGCUGGUGACUGGAACAAGACCAGAGACUGGUGUCUCCAUGCCUGCCAGGAGGUGGAGUCUUGUGCUGCUGUGUCACUCAAGGAGGCGGAGUCUGCCACCCGUUGCAUCCUCUACCCUGACACCUCAGUCUGUGGGUUAAGCUCCGCCCCUGGAUCCUCCAGCCCUGCCUCCUCCUGCCGACUGGUCAUCAGAGAGCCCGCCCAAAAAGCGUACCUGACGACAGGUGAGCUGAUCGACCAAUCGGUUACAGCCAUCUUCAUACCGGGCCAUGGGACUCUGCAGGGCGUUGCCGUAGAAACAGCAGUUGGUUCAGACAGGAGGACAGUGAUUCAGUUCCUCGGUGUCCCGUACGCCCGUCCACCAACAGGACCCCUUCGCUUCCAAGCAGCACAGCCAGCUGAUUGGACGGGAACCUGGGAUGCCACAAAACCACGUCCCAGCUGUGUCCAGCCAGGUGAUGACGAGUCUGCAGCCUCCAGCGAGGACUGUCUCUACCUGAACGUCUUCACUCCCGCUGCUUUGAGAGGACGCAUCCCAGUCCUGCUUUUCUUCUUCAACCCUUCGGCGAAUCAGAAUCCCAGACUAUUGGAUGGCUCCGCCCUUGCAGCAAUGGGUAACAUUGUCGUGGUAACAGCCAGUUAUCGGACUGCAGCGCUGGGAUUCCUGAGUACAGGUGUGUCUGGUCUCCGUGGUAACUAUGGCCUGUCGGACCAGGAGGUGGUGCUACGCUGGGUUAAAGCCCAUAUUUCCCUGGUGGGUGGAGACAACGGGAGCGUGACGGUGGGGGCGGAGCGUCGUGGUGCUGACAUCACCAGCCUUCACCUAUCCUCCUCCUCCUCUUCUCUGUUCCAGCGGAUGAUCCUGAUGGGCGGCUCUGUGUUUUCUCCAUCGCUGGUCCAGACUGCCUCGUCCUCCAGACGUCUGGCGACCGAUCUGGCUCGAGAACUCGGCUGUGUGACUUCUGACCUCACCGAUGACGUCAAGAUGGCCGCCUGCCUCAGAGAGAGGCCCGUUCAGAAACUCAACACUGCUCAGACCAAACUGCUGGCGGUCAGCGGUCCGUUCCAGUCCUGGUCUCCAGUCCGUCAGUCUCAGUCCUCCUCCGUCCACAGGGUCGACCUGCUGUUGGGAACCUCGGAGCACGACGGCCUGAUUGGCCGAGCUCGCAGGAUAAAGGACUUUGAGGCUCUACAGGGUCGCGCUGACGGUAAGACGGCGUUUUACGAGGCCCUGAGCCGCUCGCUGGGCGGAGCCUCAGGAAACGAGCUGCUGAAGGAGGCGGCGGCCUGGUUCUACUCUCUGGACCACAGUCCGUCAGCUGCUGGAUACAACCUGUUCUCCAGAGCGCUCAACAACGCCACCAGAGACCUUUUCAUCGUCUGUCCCACUCUGCAGAUGGCCACCCACUGGGCUAACAGUGGAGCUAACGUCUUCCUGUACCACCAACCAGCCUCCAGCACUCACACCAGGGCUGACGUGUUCGUUCCUCUGGACCUCCAGUUUGUGUUCGGGACUCCUCUUCAUCCAAUGAGCUCUCAGCGUUUCACCUCCUCUGACCGACGUCUGUCUCUGGCCAUGAUGACCUACGUCUCCAGCUUCGUACGGACCGGGAACCCCAACCCAUCCCGUGUGUGGGCGGAGUCAGUUCUACCCAGAUGGCAGCCAGUCCUGUCCUCUGUGGCCCCGCCCACCUACCUGGAGCUAAGCCCCGCCCUCCAGCAUCAGCAGGGUCUGAGUCAGAAGUCCUGCUCCUUCUGGGGUCAACUGGGAACCAGACUGACCCGGCUCACAGGUGAGUCGGGGGCGGAGCCUAUCCAGCCUGUGUUGACCCCUGACCUUCCAGUGGUUUCCCCAUCCAGCCAAUCACAGACUGAGAAAGAUGCCUACAACUAAAAUGAUGACAUCAUCCUGCUCUCAGAUGACAUCACCCUGCUUCAUGUCCUGUAAUUCAGUAUGAUUCAAACUAUUUCUGUCAAUCUAUUCUGUUUUUAAUCAUCAAUAAAGAGCAUCAGAAACUC